AUGGCGGCUCUCAGAAGACUCAUCAUCGGAACCUCCAAGCCCUCUUCCCUUCUUAUUUCCCACAGAGGUAUCGCCUCUAAGCUCUUCGUUGGAGGUCUGUCCAUUUAUACCACGGAGAAAGGGCACUCAGAUGCAUUUUCUCAGUAUGGUCAAGUUAUGGAAGCCAAAAUCGUAAUGGAUAGGGUUUCAGAUAGAUGGAAAGGUUUCGGGUUUGCUAAUUAUGCAUCGGAAUAUUAUUUUAGGAAAUGGUCCAAUUGGAGAGAGCAUUCAAAGAUGGAAGCUAGAGGAAAUUUGAACAAGAAAAAGAAAAGGACUCUCUAUUUCAAUUCGGCUGGGAAGUUAGGUGAAAGGGUCUUGAUCCGCUGA